AUGUUGAAACAUAAAGCAUUAUCUAGAUUUUACUCUACAAAAAAAAUAACAAAAUCUAUUUUGACAAAUAAUACAAAAUCGAUUUUUAGCAAAAAGCCCAUCAUAGAUGUACAUCCAAAAACACCUGCAAGAACAAGAUUUGCUCCAUCACCUACAGGGUUUCUACAUAUGGGCUCAUUGAGAACAGCUUUAUAUAAUUAUUUAUUGGCAAAAAAUACAGGCGGGCAAUUUUUACUUAGAUUGGAAGAUACCGACCAAAAUAGAUUGGUUAAAGGUGCUGAACAAAAUAUAUACGAUUCUUUGAGAUGGUGCAAUUUGGAAUACGACGAGGGACCCGAAAAAAAUAAUAAUACAGAAAUGGGACCCUACAGACAGAGUGAUCGUAGCAAAAUUUACCAGGAACACGCACAGAAAUUACUAGAUACGGGGCAUGCUUAUCGUUGUUUUUGUUCAAAGGAGAGGUUAGAUGGUCUACGUGAAUCCGCUCAAAGACUAAAACCACCAACUACUGUAAGUUACGAUCGUAAAUGUGCACAUCUACAUGAAAAAGAUAUUCAAAAUUUGUUAAAGGAGGGAAAAGAAUUUACUAUUAGGCUUAGAUCUCCUGCUAAAUACCCUCCAUUUGAAGAUUUAUUGCAUGGGAAAUUGGACAUGCAGCCGCAAGUUAAUCCCAGUGAAAUUCGGUAUGAUGAUCCGAUUUUACUGAAAUCAGAUGGUUUACCAACAUAUCACCUAGCCAACGUUGUUGACGAUCAUAUGAUGAAAAUCACCCAUGUCAUCAGAGGUGAGGAAUGGUUACCAUCAACUCCAAAACAUAUGGCUUUAUAUGAAGCGUUUGGUUGGAAUGCCCCGAAAUUUAUUCAUAUUCCGUUAUUGACAACUAUUGCCGAAAAAAAGUUAAGUAAACGGAAAGGUGAUGCAAGUGUUAUGGCAUUACAAAAAAAGGGUAUAUUGCCAGAAGCUUUGAUAAACUUUAGCGCAUUGUUUGGAUGGUCACCUCCAAGAAAACUAUCUAUUGAAAAGCAUGACUGUUUUAGUUUAGAAGAGUUGGUGAAGCUGUUCAAUUUAAACCAUUUGACAAAGGGGAAUGCCAAAGUUGACGAAAAAAAAUUAUUUUUUUUUAAUAAACACUAUUUAGGACUAAGAUUAGACGAUCCAAUAAAAUUCCAGGAAAUUGUAGAAGAUAUUUCUAAUUCAAUGAACAAUAAAUAUCCCAAGGAGAAAAUUGGCGGUGUGUUAAAUGUUGUUGGUAAGUCCUUGACGACAAUUAAUGAGUUUCCUGUUAACUUUUAUUAUUUUUUUGAAAAGCCCGACUUUGAUAGUGAACAAGUUUUACAUUUUAAAAAAAACCAUGACCUAGAAAAGGUUAAGUUGAUUCUCGCAGAGUUUAAACAGUUGGAUCUAGAAAAUGUUGAACGGAUUGUUGAUCAUUUGGUUAAUACUUUAAAUGUACCUAAAAAAUUAGUAUUUGAAUCAUUAAGAUUUGCUCUAGCUGGGUCUAUGCCUGGUACUAAAUUACCGAUUUUAAUACAACUCUUGGGUAAACAGGAGGUAAUGUUUAGAACACAAGAAGCUUUAGAUCAUUUAUCGUGA